AUGGACCCGAACUCCAACGAUCCGAACGCAACCAUGGGUUCGACUGGUUCGGGUGCUGCCAGUGCCACGGCAUCAUCGCCUCCUCGACCGGAAGAUGAUCUAGAGCUCAGUUCAGGUACUACGGGACUCGGAAGUUCAAUCCAGGCCUCCCCGGCCGCGGAAGGAACGACAGAAUCUAGACCUCAGUCCCGGCAAGAGGGUCGCGGUUCCCACUCUCACAAUCUUUCGUCCUCGUCUGCUCUUUCCAUCCAAAAAGCCAAGCAAGUCGAGCCCGGCACCACCACGACCCACGCAGAAAGAGCGGAUACAGCUUCACAUCGCGGUCUUUUCGAUCCCACCCUACGCAGUCCCCGCACAUCCAUAUCCGAGGGUCCGGUCAGCAACCGUAUGAGCAUCAGCUCCCUGUACAGCCUAGCAUCGGCUCGUGGCGUCCCCAGCUCGGCAGCAUCGGCCAACGGCAGCGAUACCGGCAGCGUGACUAGCACCCAGAUCCAUCGACCCGCAUCCGGCAUCUUUGCAUCAGGCGGAGGACCCAAGAUUCCUAGCACCCCGCAGUCCGAGUCCAAAAUAUCCAACAUGACGGUCACAACAGGGGGUCAGGGGUCGCCGGGAACACACCAACUUGCAACACGUGAGAAGCCCCAGCAGGGACAGCAGCAGCAGAGCGGGACAAGCCCCACGCCACGCCCACAGCCCACCAGGUCUAGGAGCCGGGCGAAGCGUAGGUUUAGCGGGAGCACUGGCGCUAGCAGCCACAACAGUCCGAGUGGUGACCGCGCCCUAGCACACCGGCUAGAGAAGGAAGAGCACAGGCCUGCUCCGCUGGGUGUUAUUGGUGUGUGCGCUUUGGACGUCAAGGCGAGGAGCAAGCCCAGCAGGAACAUCUUGAACCGGCUCAUCCAGAACCGCGAGUUUGACGUCUGUGUCUUUGGAGACAAGGUCAUCCUUGACGAGGAGGUUGAAAAUUGGCCCAUAUGCGGCAUCACCUUUGAGCCGUUUGACUCGGAAUCGGAAAAAGCCAAAUGGGCCUCCCCUCGGAAGGUGGAGCUACUCGACGGCGGCGAUAUCCUCUCCGUCGACGGCACCUUGAUCAAAAAGCCCUUUGUCGAAAAGCCAACGAGCGGCGAGGACCACAACAUUAUCAUCUACUUCCCCUCGUCUGCCGGUGGCGGUGCCCGCAAGCUGUUUCGCAAAAUCGGCAACAAGAGCAGCGAGUAUGUUGAAACACUGAACGUCCCGCGCGCCAUCACCCAUCCGGAGGACAGCUUCAUCUAUGAGCGCUUUAUGCAAGUGGACAAUGCUGAAGACGUCAAGGCCUACACAGUAGGCCCGGCUUACUGCCACGCCGAGACGAGGAAGUCGCCUGUCGUAGACGGCGUCGUCCGCCGCAACACCCAUGGCAAGGAGGUGCGGUACGUGACCGCGUUGAGUACCGAAGAAAAAGAGGUCGCCAGCAAAAUAAGCACCGCCUUUGGCCAACGCGUGUGCGGCUUCGACUUCUUGCGCGCCGGCGGGAAGAGCUACGUUAUUGAUGUGAACGGAUGGAGCUUCGUCAAGGACAACGACGACUACUACAACCACUGCGCCAAUAUCCUCAAGGACAUGUUUAUUAAGGAGAAGCAGCGUAGGGAUGGACGAACACCGCCUAUGCCUUCGCCCGCCAUCUCCGACGUGGAUCCCAUGUCGGUUCGCGCGAACCACCCGGCCAAGGAGCGGGAUCUUGUCUCCCAGGGCCGGCCAAGCGUGGAUAGGUCGGCGCGCGAGUCGCUCGUCGAGCCGCUCCCGCCGGUCAAGCCCGAUUCGAAGCACAACAGCAUGCCCGCCAGUCCGUUAGCCAGUCAGUUUGCUGCUGGUUUGCAGGACAGCGCGCCGUCCACUGCGGCGUCCGUCAAGUCCGCCUCGCCAUCCAUUCUACCGGAGGCCGCAGUCCAGGACGAGCAGGAGCCGCCGCCACCGCCGCCUCCCAAGCCCAGCUGGAAGCUUAAGGGAGUGGUGUCAGUCAUCCGCCACGCAGACCGCACGCCCAAGCAAAAGUACAAGUUCACAUUCCACACAGCCCCUUUUAUCGAGCUACUCAGAGGUCACCAGGAAGAGGUUUUGCUCAUCGGCGAACCGGCGCUGGCCAGCGUGCUUGAUGCUGUAGACUUAGCCAUGAAAGCCGGCGUCGAAGAUCCCGCUAAACUUAAGGCUCUCCGCAACGUCCUUAUCAAGAAGGGCAGUUGGGCGGGCACCAAGGUGCAAAUCAAGCCCAUGUUCCGAAAGAAGGUUGAUGCAAAGGGUUCAAAGCCCCCCAAGGAACAAAAGGACGCCAUCAAGGAAGAAGAGCCGUUCCUCCAAACUGACGAGGAUACCGACAAGCAGGGCACCGGAGCGGAACCCCGCAAGCCGCCUCGGAGAACCGACUCGCUCUCGGGGGUGACCAUGUCCAAAUUCACAGCCGCCGAGGAGAGCCUCGUCCUCGACAAGCUGCAACUAAUCGUCAAGUGGGGCGGCGAGCCGACGCACUCGGCGCGGUACCAGUCCCAGGAGCUGGGUGAGAACAUGCGCGGUGACCUGGGUUUGAUGAACCGCGAGGUGCUUGACGAGGUGCACGUCUUCAGCAGCAGCGAGCGCCGCGUCGUGACCAGCGCGCAGAUUUGGGCGGCCAGCUUUCUUAAGAAGAAGGACGUGCCCGAAGAUUUUGUGACCGUCCGAAAGGAUCUGCUCGACGAUUCCAACGCGGCCAAGGACGAGAUGGACAAGGUCAAGAAGAAGCUCAAGGGGUUGCUGCGCAAGGGUAACGAGCGCCCACCGCAGUUCGCUUGGCCUGAGAACAUGCCCGAGCCGUCUGAGGUACAGACAAGGGUUGUCCAGCUGAUGAACUUCCACCGCAAGGUGAUGCACCACAACUAUGCAAAGCUAUACAGCGGCGCCGUGAACUCGCUUAACGCCAUCAGCAACCCCGGCACGGAGAAGGGCCUCGCCGAGGGAGGAUCGUCGGCCGUGUCGGUGUCGUCUCUCGCCUCGGCGGGGUCGCUGUCGCAGGCGAACUUGGUUAACACCAUACAGGCGCGGUGGUGCUGCGGUGAGGACACGGAGCUGUUCAAGGAGCGGUGGGAGAAGCUGUUUGCCGAGUUCUGCGACGGUGAGAAAGUUGACCCCAGCAAGAUAUCAGAGUUAUACGAUACUAUGAAGUUUGACGCCCUCCACAACCGGCAGUUCCUCGAGUGGGUGUUUACGCCACCCAAGAGCAUGCUGGAGGAGGAGUACGGCAUCUCGUUAAACGGCAAGGAGGGUGGCAAGACGUCGUCGUCCGGCUCGAAAGACGCCGAGGAAAACAAGGGCGAGGAGAAGUCUGCGCCGCCGGGCACCUUGACCGAGAAGAUCGAGACCUCGGGCCACAAGGCCGUUCGGCGCAUCUUCCGCCGCCGGUCGUUCCUCAACGGCUUUCGCAGCGGUGGGGAGGCAGAGCUGCCCGAGAAGUACUUUCACCUAUACCGUGGUAACAGCCAGACCAAAGCGAAGACGGACGCGCGCUUCGAACCGUUGCGGGAGUUGUACCAGUUGGCCAAGGUGCUUUUCGAUUUCAUCUGCCCGCAGGAAUAUGGAAUUUCCGAUAGUGAAAAGCUUGAGAUCGGUCUCCUGACCUCGCUCCCGCUGCUGAAGGAGAUCGUUGAGGACCUCGAAGACAUGCAGGCGUCGGAGGAAGCCAAGUGCUUCAUCUACUUCACCAAGGAGUCGCACAUUUACACGCUUCUCAACUGCAUCCUCGAGGGCGGGCUCGAGACAAAGAUCAAACGGGCCACGAUUCCCGAACUCGACUACCUCUCGCAGAUCUCCUUUGAGCUGUACGAGAUGCCCGCCGACCCGCCCGUGGACGCCGAGGGCACGCCCGUGUUCAACUACAGCAUCAAAAUCACCAUCAGCCCAGGCUGCCACGUUUUCGAUCCACUCGAUGUCCAGCUGGAUAGUAGGCACUGCAUCGGGUGCGCGCCGCGGCGGAGCUUGACGGCCCAUGCUGACUGGAAGGUCGUGAUCGAGACGCUGAGGGCCAAAUUCCACCAGGUGAAAUUGCCCAAGACGUUCCUAGCCGUCAACCUAUCGGAUGCUUUCACGUUCCAGGAGAAGCAGCAUCAGAACGAUAACGAGGUGCUCGAGAUGAAGCCGAUCAAGCACGGAGAGUUGACCGGGUCUCUUGAGCCGGGCGAGUCACUCGAGGUGAUCACAGACUCCGCCACAGGGGAGGCAGUUUCUGGUACGCCUACAGCCGUGGAGCCAACCGCAGAAGAGUCUCUUGAUACACCCACCACGGUUACCGCCACGGACGUCCCAGCUCCCGAAACGACCGUGCUGGACACACCAACGGGGGAGGCUGCGGGUGGAGCCGGCGGCGAGAAACUAAUGGAUUAA